ACGGGCCGAGCACACUGCCCGGCCGGACAGCAUAUUCGACAGCAAUCGCCAGGACCUCACAGGACUGACAGCGGCUCUUCAGGCCACGGACCUCGCGGGGGUGCUGCACAUGCUCUACGGCGUCCUGUUCCACGGCGCCGUCGCGGACCCCGGCACCGCCAGCCCCAAGGAGAGCUACUCUCAGAGCACGGUCCAGGUGGCCAUUCAGAGUCUGCGUUUCUUCAACAGCUUUGCAGCCCUGGACCUGCCCGCUUUUCAGUCCAUCGUAGGGGCGGAGGGCUUGUCCCUCGCGUUCCGGCACAUCGCCAGCUCCCUCCUGGGCCACUGCAGCCACGUCUCCUGUGAAAGCCUGCUUCACGAGGUCAUCGUCUGUGUGGGCUACUUCACUGUCAACCACCCGGAUAACCAGGUAAAGCACCUGCUCCGAGUCUCUGGGCUCACCAGACAGGAUGGGAAAUGGGAUCGGGGAGCUGGUGUGUGCAGGUGGCCUGUGACAGCCGACCUAGGCCUGCAGCCAAGCAACGAGUGAGCACGCGGGAACAAGAAAACACAUCAAAUAGCAACACGAGGAGACAGACCGGGUGCUGGUCAGUGCCGCGUGGAUAAUUGUUGAGGGUGAGCUCGCUGUGAGGAAGAAAUCAGAAAGGUGGGAAGAGCCAGACAUCCCUGUCAACCCCUUGCCUCCCAGAAGGACUGGAUACCAACCUGGACACCCACUUCCGGUUCAGGGGAAGGUCAGAGAGGUCAGUUCAGCCCCAAGGCAGUGGCUGAAGUGCAGCAUCUCUGAGAAGAAAGAAUAGGGUAAAAAUACAGCAGAAAUCAUCCGAAAUAUAAACGAUAGUAAUUGUCAAACACGGAGACACUGGGCCUUAUGCGAUGCUGUUUCUAAGCAUAAUCCC